AUGGAUUCAGCAGUUACAGUUCUUAAUGCGGCUGGGGGAGAGAAAAAGGGAGAAGACAUUCUCUACUCUUUGAACAAAAAGACAGGCAAUCAACUUUUACUCCAAUGUCCAAAACGUGAAAGAAAACGCCGUAGCGUUUUCAUCGAAGACGAAGGAAGCAAAACCAAAAUAGAAAAGGUAAACAUCAAAAUAGUUUGCUAUUGCAGCAUUUUCUUCUUUGUCCUUUCCCUUCCAAAAAUACCCACUAAGGAUUUUCUUUUCUUUUUAAACCCCUUCUCUGCUCUUUAUUUAUCCCUUUUAACAUCUUUCUCUCUUCUCAUCUCCAUUCAGCAGCCUGUAAGCCUGGACAUGGACCCACCUUUCCGUGAGAUCUACAAGACCCUUCUAGAAAACACCAUCGUCGAUGAAUCAGAAACCAAGACUAGUUUGGUUGACGAAUGUGAGCUUCCUUUUAUUGACCUUGGUCGUUUAAGCCUAGAUGAAUCUGAUGAGAAAGACAAGUGCGAGCAAGAGAUAGCUAGGGCUUCACAGGAGUGGGGAUUCUUUCAGGUUGUGAAUCAUGGGAUUUCACGUGAGAUUUUGGAGAAUAUGAGAAGAGAACAAGUGAAGCUUUUUAAACAACCUUUCGAUAAAAAGAGCAAAGAAGACAAGUUCUUGAAUUUCUCUUCUGGAACCUAUCGCUGGGGGACUCCUACAGCUACUUGCCUCAGUCAAUUGUCAUGGUCCGAAGCUUUUCACAUUCCCAUGACUGAUAUUUCUGCUUCCAAUGGAUUCACUAGUCUCAGUUCAACAAUCGAACAGUUUGCUACGAGAGUUGCCAGUCUAGCACAAAAAUUAGCUGAAAUUUUGGCAGAUAAAUUGGGCCGCAAAUCAACUUUCUUUCAAGAAAAUUGUGUGCCAAGCACUUGCUAUCUUCGACUGAAUCGAUACCCUCCAUGUCCAAUCCCUGCAGAAGUAUUUGGUCUCAUACCACACACUGAUAGCGACUUCCUCACAAUUCUGCAUCAAGAUCAAGUUGGAGGAUUGCAAUUAAUUAAAGAUGGGAAAUGGUUCGCUGUUAAACCUAAUCCUGAAGCUCUAAUAAUAAAUGUCGGGGACUUGUUUCAGGCAUGGAGCAACGAUGUUUAUAAGAGCGUUCAACAUCGAGUUGUGACGAAUCCUCGAGUGGAAAGAUUUUCAACAGCAUAUUUCUUCUGCCCAUCUUAUGAUACAGAGAUAGAAAGUGGGUGCGAGCCUUCAGUUUAUGAGAAGUUUAGCUUUAAAGAGUACAGAGAGCAGGUGCAGAAGGAUGUCCAACUAUUAGGGCGCAAAGUAGGCCUCCCUAGAUUUGUUUUAUAAUUUUCACUGCUACGCCAUUUUUGCUAUAUGGAUAAACUAAACUAGGUUUCUGUUUUUUUUUUUUUUUUUUUUUUUUUUUUUUUUUAUAUAUAUUAUAGUCUUUGUUCAUUUGGAGAAUGAAAUAGUAAAAAUAGCAGUUUCCAGUAUAUUAGAAAACUCUUUUAACUUAGAUGAUAGAUCAGUCAGUGAUUUAAUUACGUUUUUUUGAUAAUUAAGCAGUGAUUUAACCAAAUUAAUCGUAGUUUAUAGAAGAUCAGAAGGUAUCUUUGGCAAUUAAUGGCCAAUGGGGGUGGGGAUGAUAAUACUGUUUGAUUG